GGCGAUUAAACUGGCUGAAAAAAUUGCAUCCCAUUCGCAACUCAUUGUUGCCAUGUGCAAAGAAGCUGUGAAUACCGCAUACGAAACAACUCUGGCGGAAGGUCUGCAUUACGAACGUCGAGUGUUCCACACAACAUUUGCAACUCAUGACCGCAAGGAAGGAAUGACUGCGUUUGUGGAAAAACGCAAGGCGGACUUCAAGGAUUCCUAAGAGAAAAUGGCCGUGUUGCAGUGUUUUGCCUUGAAGCUGAGAAAAAUGUAUCAUGGCGUGAUUUUUGCUUGUGUUUUUUGUUGGGAAUUUGUGGCGUACUAGGUGAACGUCUUGGAAGUAAAUGCUUUGGGAAAAA